AUGAGUGAAUACAGAGGUCACAAGCAACAUGAAAUUGAAGAUAUAGGUGAUAUAGUCGAUCUGGAUCAUAUCAGCAAUCUACCAGAUUAUAUUCUUCAUCAAAUUCUGUCUUUUAUGCCCACAAAAGAAGCUGUAAAGACGUCCAUACUAUCUACAAGAUGGAAGAACCUCUGGGUUUCUGUUCCCAACGUUGAUUUUGAUGAUGAAUUAUUGAUGGCUAAAUUGGCUGAUGGAUGGCAUCGGCCUGAUGUGACUUCCUUUGUGAACUUUGUAGAAAGAGUCUUACGAUUACAUGACGAAUCAAAUAUGGAGAAGUUUCGUCUAUCAUGUUGUGUAUAUCGUAAUGCAUUUCAAAUAAGCUCAUGGAUUUCUGAUGCAAUCAUGCACAAUGUUCAGGAUCUUGAUAUGUCUCUCUUUGCAAAGGAUCCAUCUGUGAUUCCUCAGUCUAUGUUUCAUAACACAUCAUUGGUUAGCCUGAAAAUAAGAAUGAACUGUGCUAUUCAACUCCCAUCUCACGUUUCUUUUCCAUGCCUGAAAACCUUACACCUGUCCUUUGUUAGAUUCCUGAAUGAUGAUUUUACAGAAAAGCUUUUUUCAGGCUGCCCAGCUCUAGAAGAACUGGCUUUAUCAGAUUGCAGGUGGAUUAACUUGAAGAACAUUGCAAUUUCUAGUUCCACAUUAAAGAGCUUGAGCAUACGUGAUCUGACACACUUUGUGGUAUUCAAUCAUCCUACUAGUGGCUGUAAGAUCAAGAUCGAUGCAGCAAAUAUUACAUAUUUUGAAUAUUUUGGAAACCUAUUAAACGAGAUUACCUUCAAUGAUACAAUGUCUCUGGACAAAGCAUUCAUUAAGUUGCCUAGUCCCGGAGAAGGGGUAAAUGAAGUCGCAUGUCGAGCUAUUGAUCUAUUUCAACAACUAAAAUAUGUCGUGUCUUUGACGUUAUCUAAUCACACUAUGGAGACUCUUUCAUUUGCAGCUUGUAUUAGUUUUCCGGUGUUCACAAAUUUGACCCAUUUAAUGCUAACUGUGAAAAUCGGGAUGAACCAUACAUUUAGAGUAUUGAUGCAUUUGCUUUCCUUCUGUCCAGUUCUACAAUCUAUUUGUUUCUCAGAGGUGGAUUACUCUAUUCUCAAAAUUUUAAAAUAUUGUUCCAGUGAUCAUGAUAUUAAUGAAAGGUUUUCUAAAAAUGUUGUACAGGGAUUCAUGUGCGACAUGCACCUUGGUGAGAACAAUUCAACUUGGUCAUUGAUACCUAUAUGUAUAACGAAUUGCCUCAAGAUUGUGACCUUGAAGAACUUUCAUGGUUAUAAUUCAGAAAUAUGUUUUCUCAAGCGUAUUUUGAAGACUGCAUGUGCUUUGGAGAUGAUGGAUAUUUGGUGGUCCAAGACUUAUCUACGUGAUCUGAAGAGGAAAAUAGAGGUCAGGAAGGAAUUGGAGAAAAUUGAAAGGAAGGCUGCAUUUUGUGUCAUCAAUUUCUCAUGA